AUUGCAAGAAAAUCUGAGAUAAGAUGUAUCAGCCCUAAUUUUUUUUCCUCUCACGCGUCAUCCAUAGCAGAAUUCAAGCCGCUUUCUCCUUCGAUCGAAUCUCACCCUAAAAUCUCAGAAAUUGUUUUCGAUCCUUCAGUCUUUCCCGUUCGCAUCACACGCAGGUGCGAUAAUCCGAGCAUCAGACCCAAUUCCUCCCUGGCAACCCAUCGCCGGCGACCUCCACAGCCGCACGUCCCUGCGCCUGCCGAGAAGGAGGAGAGAACCAUCGUCCUCAGAUUGCCCAAAACCCCAGCCUCCUAAUCGCCUCCAUCACGCGCUUAACAUCAGAUUUCCGUUCAUCCCAUAUCGAGCAGAUAAGCCGUCAUCCUUAGCCCUAGAAAAUUCAAUUUUCAAUCGCCAUAUCCGUCGCAGGUUUCAAGCUCGCCGGCGUAGCACCAAUCAGCCGCCGGUACGAGCAGCUUCGUCCCACCCCUUCAAAUCCUCGCCGGUGACGCAGCAAGCAGUCUGAGACCCCGUUGGGAAGAGCAGCGACAGCCGUGGUUCGUCCACCUUCAAAUUCUCGCCGGAGAAGAGAACCCCGCGCCGGAGGUCUCGUCAGCACUCGUCGGUCCUUGGAUUCACAACCCCAGGUGAAUAUCCGAACAGCGGCAGGCCCACCGUCCGGUAGCCGGCGACUCGUCGUUCAGCAGCCAUUAGUCCUUCACCUACGGGUAGCGGUCCCGUUCUUCGGCUAAGAGGCAGCAGCGGGAAAAACCCUCGCCGACUGUGCACAGCCCCUGUUUGCAGCAUCUAUUCGAACUCGCGGUAACCAUCAGCCUUCACAGUCGGUGAAUGAGCAGUUCCCGCCUGCUGUCGUUCACUUGCCGAGAAUGAGCCGUGUGCAGCAGCCGUCCGUGCACCCCAAACGAAGGAGUCCUGUUCGUCAACGUUGGAGCAGAUCCUAGGAGUCGAGGGGCCGCAACUCAACCGCCGUAGCCUCUGUCCACGGGUCCGAACGAACGUCGAACAAGCAGCCGGUAUGCGAGCGAGUAGCCGAGAACCUUCUCAGCGAGCAUCAGCUCUUUUAUGUCUCCUUCGAACCGCAUUUGAGCAGCCCCCGUAAGUGAGAGAAGAGUAGCAGCAGCUCCGGUUCGUAAAGCCGGGUGUUAUCGAGCCUUGCCCGUGAUCCGAGAGUAUUCGCGAGUGAAACAUUUCCUUCAGCCCUUCGUUAUUCCUUGAAGGAGGUGACUAAUAUGCACACGAAGAAGGUUUUUGAGAAGUUUCAAGAAGAACUGGUAGAGACAUUUGUACACACUGCCAAUAAGAUGUCAAGUCAAGGAAUUCUGUGUAGGCGCAUCUUGACUGUCUUUACUGUUACAAAUGUUCUAACGGUGCCAUCGCAUUAUAUCUUAAAGAGGUGGACAAGGAAUACUAAAAUUGGGCCAUCAGAUGGACAAAGUAUAGAUAUUCAAAGUAUAAAGUCUCUCACAGUCCGUUUCAACAAUCUUUCUCGGGAAGCUCUAUUAUUUGCUGAAGAAAGUGCUAUUGCUACAGAGACUUACAAUGCAGCCAUUGAUGUUUUACGAGAGGGUGCAAGGAAAAUUGCACAUCUGAAAAAAACUAUAGCUAAAAUCAAACUUCCUAGCUCUCAAGGGAGAGUCAGUGUCCAGGAUGCUGGAAGCAGGAAAGUUUUGUUACCAACUUCUGAUAUGAUUCCUUCAUUAUGGCCUUGUCAAAAUGCUGUGUCACUCCCUAAUCGCUUCAACCUCAAUGAUGCUGGAAUUUCUGCUACUGAUUUCAGUCAGCCAACCAACACCUAUAGCUAUAAAUCGUGAAGGUGCACUUGCUGAUAAUAUGGUUGUUCUCACUUGUUUCAAGUCCAUGACAUGGAUCAUCGAGAACAAGAGCCAACGAGUAGUGGCUAUUAUCAAUUGGAAGGGCGGCUUCAAGAUUAUGGCAAAGCUCCGUCAGGGGAAACAGAGGUGCUGUUUAUGUAGUCUUACAAGAGCCACUCUGGAGCCAAUGUUAAAAUCUAUGGCUAACAUAAGUCAACAGCUUUCAAAACCCGCGAACAAUGCUGCCGCCAUUAAUAUCAAGAUCCCUGGGGCUUCAACAACUGGAGGAUCAGAGGUGAAAUUCCAAGUUUCGAAAGACACCUUAGGUUCAAUGCUAAGAUCGAUGGCUUAUAUUAGGGAGCAACUGUGAUAUGUGAGCUCGUAUAUCAUUCGACUCUAUUGAUUUUGUUGCUUGCCUUACGGAUUAUAGUUGAUAUAUUUCCACCCAAUUUCCAUCAGGCAUCACCAUGUUAAUUUUCAUCAAGUUUCAUUACAGAAAAACAUGUCAAAUGUACCAACCCAAAUAUAUUCAAUAACAUUAGAAAUUUUGUAUGUAUCACGUCUUCUUGAAUCUAAAGUAUGUAAAGAGCUUGUGCACAUGAAGCGUAGAUACUUUGAAUCUGAUUCACACUACUCUAAUGAUACCUAUUGAGUAAAACCAUUGAUGUUACUGUGUGAGCUACUAUAACAGCUUAUGUGUUGGUAA